GAUCGAGCCCAGUCCAGAGGAAACCCUCCCAUUUCAGUCCAUCUCCCUUCGCUUCCUCACUUAAACCCCACGCCGCACCCCUCGCCGCCGGCCGCCGCCACGCCCUCACGAUGGCUCACCUCCGCCUCCUCCUUUCCCACUCGCGCUGCCAUCCACAUCCCCACCGCCUCCUCCCGCUCUUCCGCUUCUGCACCUCCAACUCCGGCAACCCCCCACCGCCGCCCAUCAAGCCCGUCUCCUACGCCCCGAAGCCGAAGGCCCCACCCGAGGAGGCCCCCUCGCGGGAGACCCCGAGCGCUAGCUCCGAGUGGCAGGACCGGCCACCCAGGAGAUUUGACCAGCAGCCGCCGCGGCAGUUUACGCGGGAAGAGGUGCGGUUCGUCAAGGACGCGGGGCCCGCGAUCGCGCCGGUGUCGUACCCGAGCAGGGUUGCGCCGCUUCCGGGAGACCGUCCAGCGGAAGAAGGGGCCGGGGAAGUGGCGAAUGAGCAGGAUCUGCGCGGCGAAGCGGAGCGGAUUGAGAUGAAUGCUGAGCGGACGAGGAGGACCAUCUUCGGAGUGCCGGUGGAGGAGGAAACGGUGCCGUACCCAACGCUGAUACCCGUUGCGAAGCGGCCGCAGAAGGUCGCCAUUGAUCUCGUCGAUGCACUCCGCGAAAUCAAGACCAGUGCAAAUGAGAAGAAGCGGAAUUUUACUGAAACAGUGGAAGCUCAUGUGAUGUUAGGUGUUGAUCCACGUCGUGGUGACCAGAUGGUUCGUGGCGCCAUAACAUUGCCGCAUGGCACUGGCAAGACUGUUAGGGUAGCAGUAUUUGCGGAAGGGCCUGCAGCAGAGGAAGCUAGGGCAGCUGGAGCAGAUGUUGUUGGUGGCGACGAGCUGAUUGAGGAGAUUCGCAAAGGAGGAGGCAAACUAAGUUUCGACAAGUGCAUAGCAACCCCAAUGUUCAUGCCUCGGCUUUCAAAGGUCGCUAGAAUAUUGGGUCCGCGUGGUUUGAUGCCAAAUCCUAAGUUAGGUUCUGUGACCAAUGAUGUUUCUGGUGCUGUCAAAGCGGCAAAAUCAGGUCGUGUUGAUUUCAAGAUAGAUAAAACUGCCAUAGUGCAUGUUGGCCUUGGAAAGGUCAAUUUUUCUGAGGAGAGUUUACGUGAAAAUAUUGGUGCUUUCGUAAAUGCACUUUUACUUGCUAAGCCGGUGGGCUUAAAGAAAACUUCAAAAUAUGUUGGAUACGUGAAGAAGUUCACGCUGAGUAGCACAAUGGGACCUGGAUUUCCUGUUACUAUACCAUCACUAUCGGCAGCUGCUGAUGACUAUAGCAAGGUGCAUGUGAGCUAAGUCAGUGUAAAUCAAAUCUGAAUGAACCAUUUUAUUUUUGGGGUACUUGCAACCGGUUCCUUGCAAGUGGCUGGCCUAUCUCAGUGGAGCAUAGCGUUGGAUGGGUUGCUAUUCUGACAAAAACUAUCUGCAAACCUUAUCUCGUUAAAUGUCGCACGGUCACACAAAAUUAUGUGGUUUCUUUUGCUGGCCCACUCAUGUCGUCAUCCUCAUACUCAGUAAUUUAUUGUAUGCAAUCGCAAUGUAAUCUUGAGCUCAUUACUAGAGAACAUUUUUUCUUCUUUUUUCUUGGCAUAACUAGAAAAGACUGUAGUUGUAGGUCUGGCAUUUGAGUGAUCAAUGGCCACUAGGAACCAGUUUUUGCCGGGCUUAUGUUACUAUAGCUAGCGUGUUCGUUACAACUUCUGCAUAUUUGUGUGAUGCUGUUUGAAGUCCUCAUAUCAUCCAGCUUUUGCAUCUGGGAAAAUAAACUGGUUUGUGUUGUCUCU